AUGCAAGCGACACGGCUUUCCAAUGUGGCGAAGGACGCUUACUUCAUCCACUACGGCUGUGUGGACCACCCUCAUGGGGAGUGGAUGAACGCUUCGAGGGCCGAGUUCAUGGCGACCCAUUGGCAGCUGCUUGAGGGCAGCCCUGCCACCGACGCGACACCUGAGCUACGCCAGGUCACAGAUGUUUGUGCUUUGCAGAGGAUGAAAGUGGCAGCCGACCUUUUCCAUUCGCUGGAGGAGGCCUCCCUCGCGCUGGCCCGAGGGGACGCCACCGCGGCUGGCCGCUUAGUGGAGGCAUUUCCUCCUGCGGUGGCGGCCAUCGAUGAUGCCGCGCGCUUCUUCUUGACCGGCAGCAUUGAAUGCGUGAAUGCCAGCAUGACCACUGAGACGCUGAUGCAGCUGCACUCACAGGCAGCGGCUCUCGCCACUUUGAGCCAGGCGGGCAGCAGCGAAAUCGUCCUUCUCACGCAGAAUGCCAGCCUGGGCAAUCACACGGAGGACUUGGGCUUGCUGGCUUGA